AUGUACCUUGAUUUUGAGGCCAACCGGUCCAAAGAGAUCUUCACCAAAUAUGUGGACAGCGUGCUGGCCAAGUGUGCGAAGAUCCGGUCUCUGAUAGGUGAUUUGCAGAAGAACUACCCCACGGAUGCAACAGCAAAGAAGGCAAUUGCAACGCUGAAUGCCGAUUUGGUCACCUUGGACAACGAGUACAACCGGCUGUCAACUCAUGUUGCAGAGGGUGAGCGAGACAACUACAACAAGGAGUGCACCAAGAUUGCCCAGAACGAAGCCAAGAUUCGGAGUGCAAAGCGCCACUUUCAGAAGAAGGAGGUGUCAGAUCCCAACCCAAGCAGUUUGCCACUACAAGGUACUGAACCUAUUGGUGGUGAGCCUGAACAACAGCCAGUGUCCGAACCUAUGACAUUCCGGGAUGACUACAUGAGGCAUAGAGAUCUUGUGGGGUUGCCCCGGUCUCAAGAUGUCUUUAGGAAAAUCGAGUUGGACCCCAACCUUUCGAUGAACCUUCCAAGACCCAAUGCCAAUGCUGGUGCUGUUCUUGACCAUGCAAUAAAAGUAUUUGAAGGCCUUCUAGAGAAGAACAAGCCAAUGACAUUCAAGGUGGGAAUAACACACGAUGCAUGGAUUCGUUGGCAUAAUAGAACCUUUGGAUACAAGCAUUCGAAGGACAAGUUUGGGCACCUGGUAGUUGUGUACGCAGCAGCGAACCCUUAUGGACCUUCUUUUCUAGAGGCAGCUAGCUGUGUUAGCCAGAUCCUAACGGCGCAAGCCGUGGCUGCUGAUAUGGGGAAGGGUCGAGCGGCUGCUUGUGGUGUGGAUACAUGGGCGUCAUGCCAUUUACAGAACUCUGAAAGGGAUGCGCAAAGAACUUUGAAAAAACAGAAAUCCAAGCUAGAUAUCCCAGUGUCAUCUGUUACCAGCAGUGGAUGCAAAGUUCCCUGGAUUUCACCGGAGUCAUGGCUGCGGUUCAUUGUCACAAAAGGCCUUUGGCCCAUGAUGGCGGGUUGUGAUGUUCAUGACUAUGAUGGGGCUGCUCGAAAUUGGUUACAGUUUUGGAAGACUUACCAACAAAUUCACCCAGACUUUGAACUUUUCCACAUGGAGAACGUUGAUCUGAGUAGAACAGCAGCUUGGCUGAUCCAUGGAGAUGAGGGCCGUACUUUGAAAAGAAAUGGUUUGAUGGUGACAUCAGUCCAGAGUGCUUUAGGUCGUGGCUUUGAUGAAAAGCGUGUUCAUGGACAGAAUGCUGAUUCAGCCAAAUUACGGGUCAACUUUGCUGGCCAUUCUUUUACUACGAGGUAUGUUGUGAACACCAUGCCCAAGACUGCCUAUGAAUCUAAUCCUGGAAUUUUCCAUGAAACAAUGGGUCAUAUUUCUGCCUCUUUGAACCGGUGCCUACGUGAGGGCUUUGAGGAUGUUUCAAGGGGUGAGAAAUUUCAUGUGGUUGUCCUGGGAGUGAAGGGGGAUGCCCCGUACUUGGCUAAAGUUGGCAACUUCUACAGAACUUACAACACUACGGCGAAAAGAGGUGAGGAGCGUGGACCACCCAAAGGGACAUGCCCCUACUGCCUUGCAGGAACUCGAGAGUUUCCAGGAGAAGAGAUUGCGACUACAAACCCGAAGUGGCUGCUUACAAUGGGUGUGAAACUUCCUUGGGUGCAAUGUCCAGCUGUGAUAAAAAAUUUGGUUCAUGACUGUGGGGACCCUGCUGCUUUCUUCAAAAGUGACAUUUGGCAUGUUGUUCACCUUGGCUUUGGUCGUAGCUGGGUGGCUAGUACGGUGCAAUUAGUGCUGCAGCAGCUACCAUGCAGUAACUUGGAAGAGAAGUGGGAAUACCUUACUGAAGACUAUUUGCGUUGGUGUCAUGACAACAAGAAACAGGCACACAUCAGCAAGAUCAGUCCCUACCUCAUGAGUUAUGGAGAUCAUGGUGGUGCAAUGGGAAAUUGGCAUAAAGCCGCCCUCACUACAAAUUUCCUUCAAUGGAUUGUGGUUUUGUUGGGAAAAGUUGCUCCUGACCGUGCUGGUUUGUUGCUACAGUGUCGGACCGCGACAUAUCGUUUAAACAGCAUGUUCAGUUUGCUUUACAGGGCUGGUGCAUUUUUGACUGAGAACGAAGCUGCUUUUGCCAGUGAACAGGGCUUACAAUUCCUGAGGACUUACGCAUUUUUGGCUGAAUCAAUGUACAGGGACAGCAAACAAUGGCUCUGGCCAUUAUACCCUAAGCUUCACGUGUUCCACCACCUCAUGCUUGAGAUGCACUUUACUGGAUCCAAGGUCAAGACCUGUCCCAAUCCGAUGCUGUUUGCUUGCCAGAUUGAUGAAGACACAGUUGGAAAAACAUCAAGGCUGUCUCGAAAGGUCAACAUUAGAUUGGUGGCCCAACGAGCUCUGGACAGGUACCUUACUGCUGCGUACACAGCCUUUGCCAAAGCUAAACUUUUAGCAUAG